AUGGCAGCAGCAGCAGCAGCAGCAAGAGCAGCAGCAGCAAGAGCAGCAGCAGCAACAGCAGCAGCAGCAAGAGCCAAGGCAGCAGCAAUGGGAGCGACAGCAGCCGCAGCAGCCGCAGCAGCAGCAGACGCAGCAGCAGCAGACGCAGCAGCAGCCGCAGCACCACCGGCAGCAUCAGCAGCGAGAUCCAUGAGGACCAGCAGCAGCAGGUGCAGCAGCAGCAGCAGCAGCAGCAGUAGCGGAAGAUUCUAUGUGCAGCAGCAGCAGCAGCAGCAACAGCAGCAGCAGCAGCAGCGGCUGUAUUCGAAGAUGAGUCGAGGCGCACGCAAAUCAGCUGGAAACCCCACAGAAGCAGCACCAGCAGCAGCAGCAGCAGCAGCAGCGCCAGCAGCAGCAGCAGCAGCAGCACCAAAAGGUUUUGGGCUGCUGCAUCGUCCGCGCAGCAAAGCAGAGAAGCAGCAGCACCAGCAGCUGCUGCAGCUAGUGCCUCUAGACCUUGUUGGGGCUUAUCAGGAAGCUGCUGCUGCUGCUUCUGCUGCUGCUGCUGCUGCUGCUGCUGCUGGCGUGCUGCAGCAGCUAGCGAAGGACGCGGAGCCGCCGAGAGGAGAAAAAGAAACAGUUGCUGCUGCUGCGCUGCAGCACGUGCUGCAGCUUAGACGGGCUCAGAAAGCAGCAGCAGCAGCAGCAGCAGCAGCAGCAGCAGCGCCAGCAGCAGCAGCAGCAGCGCCAGCAGUAGCUGCGGAGGCAGCAACUGAAGCGGCAGCAGCAGCAGCAGCAGCGGCGCUUUGGGAAGUGGACAAGAAGCUUGCUGCAGCAGAACUGCAGCAGCAGCUCACUGCAGCAGAAGCAGGUUUGCUGCUAGCUGCUAGGCAGGAGCUGCUGCAGCCAGCCCUAAAAUUGUGGCUCGCAGCAGCAGCAGCAGCAGCAAAAGCAGCAACACCAGCAGCAGGUACAGCAACAGCAGCAGCAGCUGCUGCUGCGUCAGCAGCGCCAGAAAAAGCAACAGCAGCAGCAGCAGCAGCAGCAGAGGGUUCGUUAACUCCGGCGAAGCUGCCAUCGCUGCAGCAGCUGCAGCAGCUGCAGCAGCUGCAGCAGCUGCAGCAGCUGCAGCAGCUGCAGCAGCUGCAGCAGCUGCAGACUUUUGCUGCUGUUGGAUCUUCUUUGCUGCAGCGGCUGACAGUUCGGGGGCAGCAGUUUGCGGUGUAUGGACACCUGGCAGCACUUAAGGAAUUCAAACUGAGGGGAGAGUUGCUGCUGCUGCUGCAGCAAAUCAGCAGAGAAGCAGCAGCAGCAGCAGCAGCAGCAGCAGCAGAGCCGGCAACAACGGCGGAAGCAGCAGCAGCAGGAGGGAACGGCCCAGUAUCAGCCGCAGCGCCAGCAGCAGCAGCAGCAGCAGCAGCAGCAGAAGCAGCAGCAGCUGCGCUGUGCAAACUGGACCCACACUUGGUGGGGCGGCUGCUGCAGCAGCUGCAGCAAGCAGUGCAGCAGCAGCAGCAGCAGCAGCAGCAGCAAAAGAGACUCUCGUGCGACUGUCUCCUUUUAAGCAGGUGCUCGCAAGCAGCAACUGACCCCGCGCUGCUGCGGUUUGUUGCAGCAGCAGCAGCAAGAACAGCAGCAGCAGCAGCAGCAGCAGCAGCAGCCAGGCCAGCGGCGAAUGCUGCCCCGGCGGACGCAUGCGCGCGAGCAGGCCCCGCUGCAGCAGCAGCAGCAGCAGAACGAGCAGCAGCAGCAGCAGCAGCAGAACGAGCAGCAGCAGCAGCAGCAGCAGCAGCGCGAGCAGCAGCAGCAGCAGCAGCAAGCUCCUUCGUGCUGUCGGUGAGCGAGGCUGCAUGCGCGGGGCUGCUGCCGGCGUGCUGCAGCAGCUUAUUUUUGCUGCUGGUCAGUUUGUCCCGCUGCAGCUUAUUUGCUGCUGCAGCAGCAGCAGCAGCAGCAAAAAGUCUUUUGCAAGAAACCCUCAAGUGCAUCCCGCUCUACCCUCCCCCCAUGCUGCUGGGGCUCGCUCGCGUUGCUGCUGCAGCAAUCAGCAGCAGCAGCAGCAGCAGCAGCAGCAGCAGCAGCAGCAGCAGCAGCAGAGGGCACGCGCCUUCAGCGCAGCGCAGCAGCCGACUCACGCAGCAGCAGCAGCAGCAGCAGCAGCAGCCGUCCGCUGCUGCUGCUGCUGCUGCUGGAGGUUCUAUUGGCGGAAAAUUCCGAGGUCCCCCGGUGCAGCAGCAGCAGCAGCAGCAGCAGCAGCAGCAGGCUGCUGCUGCUGCUGCUGCUGCGGUGGGGGUCACUGCUUUGAAAGAAAUUGGAUUUGAAAUAAUUAAAUUAAUUCGAGACAAAAAAGUUAGUGUUUCUUUUUUAGCUGGGGUUUUCCAAACUUAUGUGAAGUGCAGCGUUUUGCACAAACCCUUGAUCUGCAAAAUCGAACAAGCGCUGCUUGAGGGUUUAGGGCCCCCCGACGCAAAAGCCCUUUCUCUUUUUUGCCACGGGUUUAUUUCUUUUCGUCUUUUGGAGUCUCCUGUUCUUCCUUUGCUUUUUCAAAAGGCGGAACUCGUACUGCACGAGGCGCCUUUUCAGUCCCUCGCAUUGUUGUUACAGUCCAUUACAAAGGGGGGUUUUGACUGCAGCAAAGGCUUAAUGCUGAAGAUAUGUUUGGAGCUGCUGCAGCGGCUGCAGCAAAGACAGGGGGCCCCCCAACUGUACCCUCUUGAGGGGGGCCCCCAAGACCUGCCCUUUGGGGGCCCCCCAGAACUCCUCCAGGGGGGCCCCCUGUACCCUCGCAGCAUCAGCAUUAUCUCCUAUUCCAUUUCCAAAACCCUUUCUCUACUUCUAAACCCUAAACCCUACCUCCACCCAAACACAGGGGCCCCCAACAAACCCCCUAAAGGCCCCUCUGGGGGCCCCUUUGGGGGCCCCCCUGGGGGCCCCCCCGGGGGCCCUUCUGGGGGCCCCCCUGGGGGCCCCCCUGGGGGCCCCCCUGGGGGCCCCCCUGGGGGCCCCCCUGGGGGCGUCUCUGGGGGCCCCUCUGGGGGCCCCCUUGGGGGGCCCCUGGGGGGCCCCCCUGGGGGGCCCCCCGGGGGGCCCCUUGGGGGCUGCUGGGGAGGGAAUGGCGGGGGGGGGCCCCCGGGGGCCCCCCAGAAAGGAGAGGGUUUAGGGGUUUUAUUUUUAGGGUUUGGAGGGUUUGGGGGUUUUGAGUUUUGUUGGAUUUGGGAAUUAAUUUGGAGAUUAGUUUUGGAAGCAACAAAAAGAAAAGAAGAAAUGGAAGGGCCCGAGAUGGCCAACAUGAGUGCUGCUGCUGCUGCUUUCCUCAAGGCUGCGUGGCAGCAGCAGCAGCAGCUGCAGCAGCAGCAGCAGCUGCAGCAGCAGCUGCAGCAGCAGCAGCAGCUGCAGCAGCAGCAGCAGCUGCAGCGGCAGCUGCAGCAGGGGCCCCAGGCAGAGUUGGCUGUACAGCUCAAAAUGGUGCUGGAGACAAUCGAUUUAUAUUUUGAGGGUUUGGAAGAGAGCUUGUAA